GUGUGGUCAUGUAACUAACUGGUUGUGUAAAGGGAAACGAGAUAGCUACGUGUUUCUGGCUGGGCUGCUAUCACAACACUCUUUUUAUCUGCCGUGGUUUUGGUCAGCGUUUUUCCUCGAGUUGAGGGAGCCUCACUUGAAGUUUUAUACUCUGCAUGUUGCCGAGUAUUUGGAGGAGCUCAUCCUUUGCAUCUGCACCGAGGCGAUUCUUGAAGCUUGUUAUUCAUCGUAUUCAUUGGCCCAGCACCGCACUUUUCCUCUCGGCAGACUCAUUCAUCAGUGAAACAAUUAUGGCGGACAAAAAGCGCAAGGCCACAUCUGCUGCAGCUGCUCCAGAGCCCGCGACCAAGCUGCAGAAGAAGGAGAGGGCCGGGGGGUGGCUGCAGAGCCUUGUUCAUCAGCAUAGGUCAGACCAGAUGAAAGAGAAAUUCAACAAAAAGCGCCUGCGUUUUGUGUCUGAAGCUGAAAAGAUAAAGCAGGGCUCGGAGGGUGUCCUGUACUGGAUGUUGAGAGACCACAGAGUACAAGAUAACUGGGCUCUGAUCCAUGCCCAGCGGCUUGCUGUGAAGGAGAACCUCCCUCUGCACAUCUGUGUUUGCCUGGUUGUGCCGAAAUCAGAACUGUCCACUCUGAGGCAUUACAGCUUCAUGCUGAAGGGUCUGGAAGAGGUUGCAAAGGAAUGUGAAAAUUUAAAUAUCCAGUUCCACUUGCUGCAUGGUGUACCGGGGGACGUUCUCCCUGGCUUUGUGUCUGACCACGGCCUGGGGGCAGUGGUGACGGACUUCUCCCCGCUCAGAGAACCACUACAGUGGUUGAAGGACAUCAAAAAGAGACUUCCCAAGGACGUUCCCAUCAUACAGGUUGAUGCCCAUAAUGUAGUUCCUUGCUGGGAAGCAUCACCUAAACUUGAGUACGCUGCCAGGACGAUUAGAGGAAAAAUUACCAAGCUUUUGCCUGAGUUCCUCACUGGUUUUCCUCCAGUAGAGAACCAUCCACACACUGCAACAAGAACUGCCAAACCAGUCGACUGGGAUAAAACCCUAGCGUCCCUGAAGGUUGACAGAACUGUGGGAGAGCCGGCAUGGGCUAAGCCAGGCACCAAAGCAGGGCUGGACAUGCUGGAGUCCUUCAUUGAUGAACGCCUUAAGCUGUUUGACGCCAAACGCAAUGACCCAAAUGUUGCCGCCCUCAGCCAGCUUUCCCCGUGGAUCCGUUUCGGGCAUAUCUCGGCCCAGCGUGUGGCUCUGCAGGUUCAGCACAGCGGGAAGAGCGCGGGUCACUCCACCGCCUCCUUCAUCGAGGAGCUCGUGGUGCGCAGGGAGCUGACUGACAACUUCUGCUUCUACAACAAGAAAUACGACAGCAUUGAAGGUGCAUAUGAGUGGGCCCAGAAGACCUUGAAAGAUCAUGCUAAAGACAAAAGGCCUUAUCUCUACACACGUGAGCAGCUGGAGAAAGCUAAGACACACGACAAGCUGUGGAACGCGGCUCAGUACCAGAUGGUUGUUGAGGGGAAGAUGCACGGUUUCUUAAGGAUGUACUGGGCUAAAAAGAUUCUGGAGUGGACCUCCUCACCAGAGGAGGCGCUGUCCAUUGCUCUGUACCUGAACGAUCGCUACGAGCUGGAUGGCCAGGACCCGAACGGCUUUGUCGGCUGCAUGUGGUCUAUUUGUGGCGUCCACGACCAAGGCUGGGCAGAGAGAGCUGUCUUUGGGAAAAUCCGCUACAUGAACUACAAAGGGUGCCUUCGAAAGUUCAACGUUGCACAGUUUGAGAAAAAGUACUUUCCCAAAAACCUUUGAUGCCUCUGUACUGUUUAUGAAAUCCUUGAUCGUCUGCGUUACCUACACUUUGGCCUCAGGGAUCCUUUUUACACUCUUUCUACAUGUGACAAAUGUUCAAGUCGUUUGUUUUGUGUGAAACAUCUACGAUAUAAUUACUGGUUUUAAUGUUAGUUUGAACUAAAUAUUUAAUCUAAGGACUGCUGAAAUAAAGAGAGAAGAAGAGAGCAGAAAUUUAUUUUUUUUUAAAAAAGACUGGAGGACUGGACUUUGAACUCAGAAUAAAGUUAUCUGCAUUUACCGUCAUUUUUUUUUUUACUUCUUUUUUCACUUACUGUUUUGCUUGUGACAUUUGUUGUCUGUGGUACAAAUAAUAGUACAAAACCAUUAAACAGUUGGAUACCA